ACUGCCGGGGGUCGGGGACCAGGGACUCGGAAGUCGGGACUUGGUUGUCCGGGAGCCGCCACCUCGCAGCCCCGCCGGCUUGGGCAGGUUUUCUUGCUUUCCUUACAGGGGAACCUGGAGGCAAGGGGACUUGGGCUUAACUCUGCCAAGCACCUUGGUUAAUGAAAGACACCAAGGCGGGGAUGCAGAGGCCUGGGGAACCGCCAGCCAGGUGGGCUGCAGCCAGGCGAGCCCCUUUCCCCCGGCAUCCCUCUGCUGCUCCGCGGAUUUUGCAUACCCUGGCUCAAGGUUUCGGGACCGGAGGCAGAUCGGGCCCCAAAGGGAACUAUUUCUCCCAAGAUGUGCGUGGGAACAGUCGUGGAGGAGCGAUUCCGGGCCCGCUCCGCGCGGCGCUGGGUGCCUGGCUUGGCGCGGUCACAUCCCGGUUCCCCGGGCUUUGGCGGGAAGCGCGUUCACCGCCUCGCCCUUUGCUUGCUUUGUACCUGGAUGCGGCGGCUGGAGUUGGGAUUUAACUUUCCUGUGCCUGCGGCGUUCUCGUGAUCCCCGGCAGGGGGCGCUGCGAGCGAGCGCUCGGAGGAUGAGGAGCCACAGGCAGUUGCUGGGUCCUAGGCGAGUGGGUGGGGGUCCCAGGCAACAAACAGCAGAGCCAGGCAGAUCUCGCAGUCAUUUCAUUGUGGGGGCUGGGGAUGGGGGGAGCUGCUCUGGUGGCUAUGGAGAGCUAUCAGCCUUGCUAGAAGAGGGGACAGGAAAGGAGGUGGCCAGACAUAAGUGCUCUAACUAGAAAGGUGUCUUCCAGAGAAAAAGAUCCCUGUAAACUCUUCCUGCCUGGGCAUCUGUCUUCUUCCCUGUGACUUACCCAGAAAGAAAUCGAAAUUGAGGGAAGAUAACUGUUGGUGUAUGAGACUUGGGCUGGCGUGCCCACAUGGUGUGGAGUCUGUGUGAUUCAUGACUGAGGAAACCCGGCCUCCACCCUCUCUCUCCUUGGCACUCUCCACACAUGAAGGGAAGAAGAGCUUCUGCUUAGAAGACACGUGCCCAGAGUCAGAGGCCCCUUGCCCACCAUGAAGGGAACCUGUGUUAUAGCAUGGCUGUUCUCAAGCCUGGGGCUGUGGAGACUCGCCCGCCCAGAGGCCCAGGGCGCGCCUCAGUGCCAGAGAACUGAGCACCCAGUCAUCUCCUAUAAAGAAAUUGGCCCCUGGUUACGGGAGUUCAGAGCGAAGAAUGCUGUGGAUUUCUCGCAGUUAACAUUUGACCCAGGACAGAAAGAACUUGUUGUAGGAGCAAGAAACUACCUCUUCAGGUUACAGCUUGAGGAUCUGUCCCUUAUCCAGGCUGUGGAAUGGGAGUGUGAUGAAGCUACCAAGAAGGCCUGUUAUAGCAAAGGCAAGUCAAAGGAGGAAUGUCAGAACUACAUCCGGGUGCUUCUGGUGGGUGGUGACCGGUUAUUCACCUGUGGGACCAAUGCAUUCACACCUGUGUGCACCAACCGCUCGUUGAACAACCUGACUGAGAUCCACGAUCAGAUCAGUGGCAUGGCCCGCUGCCCCUACAGUCCCCAGCACAAUUCCACAGCGCUUCUCACAGCUGGCGGAGAGCUCUAUGCUGCGACAGCCAUGGAUUUUCCAGGACGUGAUCCUGCCAUUUACCGAAGCCUGGGCAUUUUACCACCUCUCCGCACGGCACAGUACAACUCCAAAUGGCUCAAUGAACCAAACUUUGUUUCAUCUUAUGACAUUGGAAAUUUUACCUACUUCUUUUUCCGAGAAAAUGCCGUAGAGCAUGACUGUGGGAAAACAGUGUUCUCCAGAGCUGCCCGGGUCUGCAAGAACGAUAUUGGAGGGCGCUUCUUGCUGGAGGAUACCUGGACCACGUUCAUGAAGGCUCGCCUCAACUGCUCCCGUCCUGGGGAAGUCCCCUUUUACUACAACGAAUUGCAGAGCACUUUCUUCCUGCCUGAGCUGGAUUUGAUCUACGGCAUCUUUACCACCAAUGUGAACAGCAUCGCGGCCUCAGCUGUGUGUGUCUUCAACCUGAGCGCCAUUGCACAGGCCUUCGCUGGGCCCUUCAAGUACCAGGAAAACUCACGCUCCGCCUGGCUACCGUAUCCCAACCCAAACCCCAACUUCCAGUGUGGCACCGUGGACCAGGGCCUGUACGUGAACCUGACCGAGAGAAACCUGCAGGAUGCUCAGAAGUUCAUUCUGAUGCAUGAGGUGGUGCAGCCAGUGACCACCAUGCCGUCCUUCAUGGAGGACAACAGCCGCUUUUCCCACGUGGCUGUCGACGUGGUGCAGGGCAGAGAUGCGCUCGUCCACAUCAUCUAUUUGGCCACAGAUCACGGCACCAUUAAGAAAGUGCGGGCACCCAUGAAUCAGACCUCGAGCAGCUGUUUGCUGGAAGAGAUUGAGCUCUUCCCUGAGAGGCGGAGGGAAUCCAUCAGGAGCUUGCAGAUCCUGCACAGCCAGAGCGUCCUGUUCGUGGGCCUGCGGGAGCACGUGGUCAAGAUCCCCCUGAAGAGGUGCCAGUUCUACCGUACACGCAGCACCUGCAUUGGGGCCCAGGACCCUUACUGUGGCUGGGACGUGGUGAUGAAGAAGUGCACGAGCCUGGAGCAGAGCCUGAGCAUGACGCAGUGGGAACAGAGCAUCUCCGCGUGUCCGAUCAGGAAUCUCACCGUGGAUGGAGGCUUCGGCAUGUGGUCUCCGUGGACGCCUUGCACGCACACAGAUGGCAGCGCCGUGGGAUCCUGCCUGUGUCGGACCCGCUCCUGUGACAGCCCAGCCCCACAGUGUGGGGGCUGGCAGUGCGAGGGCCCCAGCAUGGAGAUCGCCAACUGUUCCAGGAAUGGAGGCUGGACUCCUUGGACCUCGUGGUCUCCCUGCAGCACUACCUGUGGGAUCGGCUUCCAGGUGCGGCAACGCUCUUGCAGCAACCCCACUCCCAGGCACGGGGGCCGGGUGUGCGUGGGACAGAACCGCGAGGAAAGAUACUGCAAUGAACAUUUGCUGUGUCCCCCACACAUGUUCUGGACAGGCUGGGGUCCUUGGGAACGGUGCACAGCCCAGUGCGGGGGUGGCAUUCAAGCUCGUCGCAGGACCUGUGAGAAUGGGCCUGACUGUGCAGGCUGCAAUGUGGAGUACCAGCCUUGCAACACCAGCCCAUGUCCUGAGCUGAAGAAGACCACGCCCUGGACUCCCUGGAUGCCCGUCAACAUCUCUGACAAUGGUGGCCACUAUGAGCAGCGAUUCCGAUACACGUGCAAAGCCCGCCUGCCCGAUCCAAAUUUGCUGGAAGUGGGAAGACAGAGAAUCGAAAUGCGGUACUGUUCUAGCGACGGCACCAGUGGCUGCUCCACAGAUGGGCUUUCUGGGGAUUUCCUGCGUGCUGGGAGAUACUCUGCCCACACGGUCAAUGGGGCUUGGUCAGCCUGGACAUCAUGGUCACAGUGCAGCCGUGACUGCAGCAGGGGCAUUCGGAACCGGAAGCGUGUUUGCAACAACCCCGAACCCAAGUAUGGGGGGAUGCCUUGCCUCGGCCCAUCCCUGGAAUACCAGGAAUGCAACAUCUUGCCCUGCCCAGUGGAUGGCAUGUGGUCUUGCUGGUCCCCCUGGACAAAAUGCUCAGCAACAUGCGGCGGUGGGCACUAUAUGAGGACCCGCUCAUGCUCCAAUCCAGCCCCGGCCUACGGAGGGGACAUCUGCCUGGGGCUGCACACGGAAGAGGCACUCUGCAACACGCAGCCCUGCCCAGAGAGCUGGUCGGAGUGGUCGGACUGGUCUGAGUGCGAAGCCUCCGGUGUCCAAAUCCGCUCCCGCCAGUGCAUCCUCCCCUUCCCCGUGGGCAGCCAGUGCUCCGGGAACACCACAGAGAGCCAGCCAUGUGUGUUUGACUCUAACUUUAUCCCAGAAGUAUCUGUGGCAAGAUCCAGUAGCGUAGAAGAGAAAAGAUGUGGAGAAUUCAACAUGUUCCACAUGAUUGCCGUGGGGCUGAGUAGCUCCAUCCUCGGCUGCCUCCUCACCCUGCUCGUCUACACCUACUGCCAGCGGUACCAGCAGCAAUCCCACGAUGCGACUGUCAUCCACCCUGUGUCGCCUGCCCCUCUCAACACCAGCAUAACCAACCACAUCAACAAACUGGACAAGUACGACUCUGUGGAGGCCAUCAAGGCAUUUAACAAAAACAACUUGAUACUAGAGGAAAGAAACAAAUACUUCAACCCACAUCUCACUGGGAAGACCUACUCUAACGCCUACUUUACAGAUCUGAAUAAUUAUGAUGAUUACUAAUAGUGCUUAUGUUUUUGGCUUCUUGUAAAUCCCCAGUUCUCAAGGCCUGUGCCCCAUGACUGCCCCUGUUUCUGAGGCUUCAGAGUUGAAGUUUGGAUACAUUUCAAGCCACCAGAGUGUCCCAUUGCUGCCAAAAAUACAUGUCUUUAAAAGCAACAAAAAUUGAAAUAUGGUAUCAUGAAAAUCUUGACCAUUGUUGAAUGAGCCAGGGUGUGAAGUUUUUAAUUUUGUUCAUCCUAUUUCUCUGACAAGUCCAUUGGUUUGUUUUUUUUGAGCUUUAUUUUAUAAAUGUGCCACCCACAUGGGAAGGAGUGUUUAGAAAUGUGAAUGUCUUCUUUCUUUGGAGCAUAAAUCUUCAUGAUGUUUUAUUUCAAGAAAAUAGGCACUUUCUCUGAGACACCUGCUCCCUCCACAAGAAGUGCUUAGGUCCGUAAUAUUUCAUAAAAUGAAGAAAAAGAACGUGGCCAAACAAUUAUUCACCACGGAUCGCACAUCUUCCAGAUCUGGAUAAAGCUAUUAGAUUCUCAGAACCAACUUGUGUGUUUUCAUCUUGCCUAGGGAAGCCAAGGAAUUCCACCUGGCCCACACCUGCAGAGGUUACAGUAGACUGUGAGGUACCCCACCUCGCUCCUGUUGCAGUUUCUGUGCCAUUGCUGGUAGAGGGAGCGGAGCAGAGGCGCAGGCACAAUGAAGCGUGGACGUGUUCUGCAGGCUGCUGCAAAACUCGCCUUAUUCUGACUUUUGGAUUUCAUGGCAUUUUGGGGAGCUCCUUGCCAUGCUGUUGGCCUGGAAGCCCACUUGUCUGGUCCAUAGUGACAUCCUGAAGAGCCAGUCUGUAAAAUACCCAACGACUUCCUUAGCGUUUGGAUAGACUCCACACCUCCUCUCUCCCUGCAAAAAAAGAAAAGAAAAAAAAAAAAGUGUGCAUUUAUGAUACCAAUUAGUAAAAGUAUUGAAAGUACUAAAUUAUAACUAAAAGCAACUUUUUUAAUGUUAUAGAAAAUAUUGAAAGAACUGAUAUUAAUGAUAAUAUUUUAUUUUUCAUCUCCCUGAUAUAACCAAUGUGUGGCAAAUAACCCCUAUCAAGAGCAUUAAUCCCAUGUAAAGCUGGCUUUCUGGAGUCCACCGGGUCCAUAUGAAGUGCUACCCCCGGUUUCUGCUAUUGCUUGCUGCCUGCCGGCCAGGGGAGCAGGAGAUGCUCAGCUCUGGUGCCUUUUCUUUUAUUUCAGUGCUGCCUUCCCACCCAUCCAGUCCAUCCACCCUAGCUUCUCCCUGCAUGGAGGCAACAGCAUUUCAAGAUGCAUCUUGGAAAGUCAGGAUAGCCGGAAGUAGGGGUUUUUGUGAGCCCAGUGGUCUCAUCACUGAUCAUAGAUAAGCAUUUGAGAGUGUGAUAACACCACUGUGAAUGAUAACAUUCACAGAGGCCCCCAGAAAAAAAUGUAUACACGUUGCUUGCAAACAAUUGAUACACAACAUAUAGCAAUUAAUUGAAUAAUUAUUGAAAAUAAGAACACGGUAGAAAAUGUUCAUCUGAUGCCUCUGAGCACGUGAUAAAGUCCUGGGUAGGCAUGGAAACGUGUUCUCACUGAUAAAUGAACCUUCAGAUCUGUGAAAAAAUAUAUAGUAGGGAUAAUGAGGAACAUAGAAUGUUAUUAGCAUACGUGCUUUUACCCUUACCCUUGUUUCCAAUUUACAGAAACAAUUUCAGAAAGUGUUAGAAGAAUUCUGUGUUUAAUAGUGAAUAUUGGGUUCAGAAUAUUCUCAUAUACCCAAAUUUACAGAAAUGACACAGUAUUAAAAUGACAGGUGGGCUCUGUAAGUUCUUUUGGAUUGCUAAUAAAUGACAUUCAGGGUCUUUCCAAUGGGCACUUCCUGCUGCCUCUCACGCAUUCCUUAUAUGUAAGAGUAUUCUGUCCAUGUGCACAUGCUCAAAUUCCAUACUCAGUAGAGGAAAUGUAGGCAGAUGGUUCCCUCAUUGUUCCUAGGUUGGAUUUUCAUCGGAUAUUUCAACUCAUCACUUUCUUAUAGGGAAAAAAACAUUUUAACUUUGCAGCACAUAGCACAUUUUAGUUAUUUCUUAAUCCUCUCUAUUAUUUUUUAAGCUUAAAGAGACUUCUUUCCCCUGGGAAUAAGGAUUCUAUUUCGUGAAUGUUUCACUGGAAUUUAUGGGAAAUGGCUUCUAAAUGGCAUCUAAGCUGGUCUUUAAGGAGUCUUUUGCAAUGACUUGGGAAAACACCAUCCCUCACCACAGACUCUUUGUGUUCUUAACAAUAUAAACCUUUGAAAUUAGCAUUGCAAAAGAAUCCCACUUUGUUUCCCACUAUUCAAAGGAAAAUUGUUUCACUUUCUUCCUUUCUCUCUCUUAUUUGACAGAAUGGCAAGUGUUUAGAUAAUUUCAGGUAUAUUCUUAGCAUUUUUACCAGCUGUGGAAUAAGUUUUGUUUGUCCAUCACGGUGUAACUACCGUUCACAUGUACUGUUUCCAUACUUCAUCCUUAUCGGGUGAACCCUCACACCUUGGGCGAUGACAGUGCGAUCUCCCACCUCUCUUAGCACCUCCUUCUUAAAGCAGUUCUUCCUUAGGCCUGGGCUGCUUGGGAGUCCUGCUGAAAUUUUGUGGUUCACAUUUUAAAUUCCUCAAUAACCUUUUUCAUUCUCUCUUUAUCUUUGUUUUUGUCCUUCAUUCCUUCCUUUGGUUCUUCCUUCCUGCCUUCUUUCCUUCUUUCCUUUCUUCUUUAAUUCUUCCUUUCUUCCCUUUUUUUUUUUUUUUUUUUUGGUACAAGUGGAACAAAAAACGACAAAUAGUUUUAAGCUACACUUGUUUGAACCUGAUGUAAAAUGACAUUAAUCACUAUUUAAAUCUAAAGUUAUUUCUGAAUACAGUUGAAGAUUGGCUGGUUUUCAUGAGGAAGCUGGCUUUAGUCUUAUAUUUAAAUUCUUUGAAAGUGAUUCCUAGUACUAUUCAGGGCCCUUUCUUGAGGCUAGACUCAUCACCAUCUAAUAUUGAUUUUAUAGUGCACUGACAUUUUACAGGAAGGGGAAGGACAGAAUUCCUGCACACUGCACAGCGUGUGUCCUUCCCCAUAGCUCCGAGGUCAUGUGGGUUUGGUGAAACUGGGGGUUUUGUCAGCUCUGAAUGAUGUGGACUCAGUGAAUUCAAAGGAACUCAGGGGGCACUGGGUCAGGCUCCACUGCAGAGAAGAGCUGCAGUCUCCAGGCUCAUGGCGUUCCUCCACAACUCUUCAUUCCACUCUGAGCAUAUUUUGUUUCUAUGCUGCUGCCCGUUGUAACUUACAUGAGGCAUCUCAACUUCUUCAUGUUUGUAGGAAUGUUCUCCUAAGCCUGUUCAAGUAGAUUCUCACUAGAAUUAGCAUUCAUAUUGGAGGAAAAAAAAGAACAUUUAAUAAAUGUGUUUGGGUCUGAGGUUCUAAAGGAAUUGAAAGGAGCUUAUAAACAGUGAAAGGAUGUGAGGCCAUCCCUGCCAGGGAGAAACCUCUGUCCAUAGGAAGAGUUCGUUCAGGUUCAUGUGGUCUGGGAUGAACCAGGGGGUCUGGCCCCACCAACUCACAGGUGAAGCCAAAGAACAAAGAAGCAAAUGAAGGAAACAGUUGGAUAAGUAGGUGACGUGAAAGGCAGGACCUGGUCACCCCAGCAAGUGCUAUGGACAGGUCCCGGAAACGGUGAGGCCCACUUCACAGGUCCAUGGGUCUGACCCUUGGACUCUGCCUUGAUCAACUGCCUGGAGUGCAAGAGUUUUAGCCAAGAGCGUCCUUACUUCCUUAUUUAUCUGCAGAAGGAUGGAAAUUGUGGGAGUCAAAGCCUAUUUUACUGAAUGUUCACACUGGAGUCUCUGGUGGAAUUAGUAGGCCCUGCUGUCAAAGUCACAGACAAAGGUUAGGAGCAGUGGCUCAUGCCUACAGUCCCAGUACUUUGGGAGGCCAAAAUGGGCAGAUCGCCUGAGUUCAGGAAUUUGAGACCAGUCUAGGCAACAUGGCAAAACCCCAUCUCUACAAAAUAUACAAAAAUUAGCCAGCCACUGUGAUGCAUGCCUGUGGUCCCAGUUUUUUGGGAUGCUAAGGUGGGAGGAUCACUUGAGCCCUGGAGGUUGAGGCUGCAGUGAGCUGAGAUCAUACCAUAGCACUCCAGCCUGGGUGACAGAGAGAGACCCUGUAUCAAAAAAAAAAAAAAAAUGAACAAAGUCUCAGCAGGGAGUCUCCAUGUCCCCAAGUGGCCAUCUAACGGGGAUACAUGAGCAUACAUGAGCAUAUAAUUGAAUAUCAAAGGAAUUUUACCUUAAACAUAUAUCUAGUCUAUACUCAGCUAAUCAUUUUAUCUAAACAGCCUUGUUAGCAUUUUGAAUUUGUAAAGAAACAAGUGAAUAUUUAUUUCUUUACAGUGUUCAUUUUGCUUUUAGAGUAAAUAGUAAAUAUUUCCCCAGUGCUGUCAAGAUACUUCUUCAUCAACUUUGUCCCUGGGCCAUCAGCUUUCUUUAUGCUCCAGGUGUCCUUUACACUUCAAUGGGGUUUUCUUGUGUGUGGCGCUGGGGAUAACUCCAUUGACCUCAGCAUUUCAAUCUCAAGAGAUGGCUCUGGGACACAGAACCAGAGGCAACAGGUACCAAUAGUUGGUAAAAUAAACUGCAUUACCAUUUUCCAUGUGGCAGUGCUGUGCCUAAGCCCUACAACUCCAACAGUCAAUUUCUAUGAAGGCAUUAAUAACCUUAACACACGUGCAAAGUCUUCACCACUUACGGUACACACUGGAGCUUACAGAUGGUGUUGGCCAUCCCUAUCGCAUUUGUUCAUCCUAACUUCUUCUUCCUGGUGCAUUUGGGGAAGCAUAUUGACACAACAUUGCCAAUAUUUGAUUACCUGUGGCUAUCUAUAAUUACCAAUACUUAUCUUAUCCAACACUAGACAGCAUUUGAGCCCCUUACUUCUUUGGGCAGUGGGUGAAAUGGGAGAACAUAGAGAAAUCCUCACUUUGACCUAGGAAAUGCACAAAUGGAAUGCCAUGCACAGAUGAAGUAUUUGGAGACAAGGGAUCAUUGUGAAAUUUAUUUCUGCAUUAUCCCCUAUUGAGAUCAUUAAUUAUAACUGACUUAAAGAUUUUAUUUUAACUCUGCAAAUAGUGAGCCAAGGCAAUCAAGUUAUCUGCUUUGGUAACCU